CCCAUGUCAUCCAAUAGCAGGGGGACUGUGGUGGGAGAAUGGAUAAGGUCCACUAGUUGUGCUGAACAACAAAGUCAAGUCUUCCCUAAUUUUUGCAGACGACGGCCAUGGCUGGGCUUACAAGGACCUUCCCUUUCACACCACUUCUCUCCAGACCCAACCCGUUGCCACCGCCGCUAUUUUCUUCCUCUUCAUUUCAAUCCCACCAAUGGGACCUUCACCAUCUUCUCUCCCCUUCUUUCUCCAAGUCUCAGACAUCACUUCCUUCCUCUACUUUUACUAUCUUCGCGCGCUAUGGCGCAGGAGGAGGUGCUCCCCCUCGCUCUCGUGCAGACGACUUUGACGAAGCUCUUGAUAUAUCCUCAAUAAGGUCGGAAACUGUGAGAUUGAUUGAUCAGCGACAGAAUAUGGUUGGUCUGGUUUCAAAAAAUGAAGCUAUUCGAAUAGCUGAAGAUGCUGAAUUAGACCUGGUAAUACUAUCACCAGAUGCUGAUCCACCCGUGGUUCGAAUAAUGGAUUAUAACAAAUAUAGAUAUGAACAGCAAAGAAAGAAAAAAGCACAGCAGAAGAAAAGUGCUGCUGGGCGCAUGGAUCUGAAGGAGCUAAAGAUGGGUUACAACAUUGACGUGCAUGAUUAUACAGUGCGUCUAAAAGCUGCACAAAAGUUUUUGAAAGAUGGUGACAAGGUUAAGGUUAUUGUAAACUUAAAAGGUCGUGAAAGUGAGUUCAGAAACAACGCAAUUGAGUUAAUCAGGCGUUUCCAGAAUGACAUUGGGGAGCUUGCAACAGAGGAAACGAAGAAUUUCCGUGACAGAAACAUGUUCAUAAUUUUGGUGCCAAACAAAGCUACUACUGCUCAGAAAAGUGAAGAUCCGCCGCCAAAGACGGCAACAUCCCAAGUGUCUCCUGUACCUUAAAGGGUCACCAAGGUUGGUUGGUGGGUGGUUGUUGAAGGUAGAAGAAGAACAAACAACAUUUGAGUAAAGUUUAUACACAAUAAUAUAUAUAUAUAUAUAUAUAUAUAUAUAUGCACAUAUUUUUCUGUUCUAGAUUGAUUUUAGAUAUGGGGGGAUAUUUAUUAUUGUGUAUAGGAUAAUUACUGUAUUUAUUUGUGCUCAACAAUGAAAUAAUAGCCUAAUGAUUGAAAUGUGAAGAAUAAUUUAUUUU